AUGUAUCGCAAUAUUAUCUCUCUCGUCUCGGUAGCGUUGUUGGCGCACGCUACUUGUGUGUGUUCGGAGUCCUUAGGAGCAAGGAAGCGAAAGUCACCUUCGGCAGUGCCAGGGCGCUUUACCCAGUCUGCUAUUCAGGCUAGUCGUAAUGAUGAGAAGGGUGUUAUGUCGCUGCUUUUUCACGGACCGGUGGCACCGCGGCACAUCAGCUUCGGCAUAGAGGACUCCAACGAGGGAGUCGCCAACGAGAUUGCUAUCGCAGAAGACAUGAACACGCUUGAGAACACGCUCAACAGGUUACAGGAGAGCGAGCAGAAUCAGCUCGAUGCCGUCCAGGAGUCUUUGUUCUUGCAGAACGCGCAACUCGACGAACUCCAGCGCUUCAUAUCGCGGCCACCGCGUGACCGUUCUGCGCACGGUGUCUUGGCUGCCAUAAUGGGCCAGGAUCGCGCCAAUGAAGGCGGUCAAUCCGCCGUACUGCGCGAGUUGCGGAAACGCAGCGUAAGCGCCGCGAAAAACUACCUCAAGAAGCUGAAGCGGAAGCAAAAGUCCGCCAAUGAAUCGGAGUCGGCUGAACAACAGUCGCGAACAGCACGUCUACGCGAUGUUCUUAAGGAACAUUUUGGCGAUUUGGAUGCGCAGAAGAAGGAUGCGGAGUCCGUGGAUGUCGAAUACGUCGCGCCCGCAAGUGUGGGUGGCGAGUUCAAAGAAGUUUUCGACCGCUUCGCUCAGCUCGAGCGCAUCUCGUUGGACCUGGAACCCACGCCCGAGGAGCAGGAGGUGCCGAUUGAGAACGAGUUUGAUUCGUCCGAUGAGGAAGAGGAGGACGAGUCGCGCCGUACCAUGAGUAGCAAGAAGAAGCUGAAGUUGAUGAACCGCCCUACCUUGGCGCAACUGAAGCAGAUGGCUGACAAGCCGGAAGUGGUGGAGUUUUGGGAUACCACUGCGGCGGACCCCAAAUUUUUGGUCUGGCUGAAGGCGCAGCGCAACUCAGUCCCCGUGCCAUCGCACUGGAGCGAGAAGAUGCGAUACAUGCAGACACGUCGCAGCUACGACAAGCCUGCGUACAAGUUGCCGUCGUAUAUUGAGGACACCAAAAUUGCGGAAAUCAGGUCGGCGUUGAAGGCGAAGGAGGCCAACAAAACGCUCAAGCAGAAGAUGCGCGAGAAGGUGCGACCCAAGUCGCACAGGAUGGACAUCAACUACCAGAUUCUCCACGAUGCGUUCUUCAAGUACGCCACGAAGCCCGCGAUGACCAGGUACGGAGAUGUGUACUACGUGGGCAAAGAGAUGGAGCUGCGGAUGCGUCACUACAGGCCGGGGCAUUUGAGCGACCGGCUGAAGAAGGCGCUGGGUGUGGGAGAGAAUGCCCCGCCUCCGUGGUUGAUUAACAUGCAACGGUUUGGGCCUCCGCCGAGCUACCCGAACCUGAAGAUCCCCGGUGUGAACGCACCUUUGCCGGAAGGGGCCUCAUUCGGGUUCCACGCCGGAGGAUGGGGGCAGCUGCCGACAGACGAUUCCGGUAACCCCAUCUUCGGCUACAUUGACUCGACGUACUACGAGGACGGGCAUAUCAACAAGGAGCUCUGGGGCGAGCUGCCGAAGGGUGAGACCGACGACGAUUCCAGCGAUGACUCCGACUCUUCGGAUGACGAGAAGGCUGAGGAGGGAACCGCUGUGGUGGCCCCGACUGUCGAGACGCCAAUCCCUGUCGUUGGCGCCGGGUUGGAUACUCCACUUGAUAUGCGUGCACCCGCCGAUCCGCCCCGGGCCACCCCGCGCAAAGCGUACACGGUUCUCGAGCCCAAGGCAGCUAAUCGCAGUGCAAAUGCACUUUUCGGGUCGCAGAUAACCUAUUCAAUGCCUCCGGUUGCUACGCCAAUUACGCCAGUCACGGGCAAGGCCGGUGCCGCGACGCCCCUGGGAGGCAUGGUGACGCCGUCGCUUCAGGCAGACGGCGCGAUGAGCGCUGAAGGCGUGAUGCGCCAGCUGAAGUUCUACGAGACCAAGGCCAAAUUGGUCCAGGAGGCUGCCGGCCAGAUUGUCACCGAGGCCACGGAGCAGAAGCGUGCGAAGAAAAAGAAGGAAUUCAAAUUCUAA